UCUGUUUCCAGAAGGUGCAUCCAGCUUUGCGUCCAGUUCCCAGCAACCUUGUAACGCCAGCAGCCCGCUUCCCGGGAAAGGUCCCGACCGCGUGCCCCGCCUUCCCUCAGCUUGCAGGGUCCGCGAGAACGUUUGGACGCCCGCGCCCUGGACCGCGCGGCGCUGUCCGGGGAACGCACUCUCAUCACCCCACGUUGCCAGCUGCAGAGACGCGCGGAGCAUGCGGGACUACGACGAAGUGACCGCCUUCCUGGGCAAGUGGGGGCCCUUCCAGCGCCUCAUCUUCUUCCUACUCAGCGCCAGCAUCAUCCCCAACGGCUUCAACGGUAUGUCAGUCGUGUUUCUGGCAGGGACCCCGGAACAUCGCUGCCGGGUGCCGGACACCGCGAACCUGAGCAGCGCGUGGCGCAACCACAGUGUCCCGGUGCGGCUGCAGGACGGCCGCGAGGUGCUUCAGAGCUGCCGCCGCUACCGACUCGAGAAAAUCGUCAACUUCUCGGCGCUCGGGCUGGAGCCGGGGCGCGAUGUGGACCUGGAGCAGCUGGAGCAGGAGGGCUGCCUGGAUGGCUGGGAAUUUAGCCAGGACAUCUACCUGUCCACCAUCGUCACCGAGUGGAGUCUGGUGUGUGAGGAGGAUUGGAAGACGCCCCUUACCACGUCCCUGUUCUUUGUAGGCGUGCUUCUCGGUUCCUUUGUGUCUGGGCAGCUGUCAGACAGAUUUGGCAGAAAGACCAUCCUCUUCGCAACCAUGGCUGUGCAGACUGGCUUCAGCUUUCUGCAGAUUUUUUCCAUCAACUGGGAGAUGUUCACCGUGUUAUUUGUCAUCGUUGGCAUGGGCCAGAUCUCCAACUACGUGGUGGCCUUCAUACUAGGAACAGAAAUUCUCGGCAAGUCAGUUCGUAUUAUAUUCUCUACGUUAGGAGUGUGCACAUUUUUUGCAGUUGGCUACAUGCUGCUGCCCCUGUUUGCUUACUUCAUCAGAGACUGGCGGAUGCUGCUGCUGGCGCUGACGGUGCCGGGGGUGCUGUGUGUCCCGCUGUGGUGGUUUAUCCCCGAAUCUCCCCGAUGGCUGAUAUCCCAGAGAAGAUUUGAAGAAGCUGAAGAUAUUAUCCAAAAAGCUGCAAAAAUAAACAACAUAACUGCCCCAGUGGUGGUUUUUGAUCCUAUGGAGCAACAGGAGCAACUCCCCCUGAAGCAGCAGAAAGUUUUCAUUUUGGACCUGUUUAGGACUUGGAACAUUGCUACAAUAACCAUUAUGUCUUUGCUGCUAUGGAUGUUAACCUCAGUGGGUUACUUUGCUCUCUCUCUCAAUACUCCUAAUUUACACGGAGAUCCCUACCUGAACUGUUUCUUCUCUGCCUUGAUUGAAGUUCCAGCCUACAUUGCAGCCUGGCUGCUACUUCGAACCCUACCCAGACGUUAUGUCAUAGCUGGAGUACUGUUCUUUGGAGGAAGUGUGCUUCUCUUAAUUCAGUUGGUACCUGCAGAUUACAACUUCUUGUCCAUUGGUCUGGCCAUGUUGGGAAAAUUUGGGGUCACUUCUGCCUUUGCCAUGCUGUAUGUCUUCACUGCAGAGCUCUACCCAACCCUGGUCAGGAACAUGGCAGUGGGGGUCACCUCCAUGGCCUCCAGAGUGGGCAGCAUCAUUGCUCCCUACUUUGUUUACCUAGGUGCUUACAACAGAGUUCUGCCCUACAUCCUCAUGGGGAGCCUGACUGUCCUGAUCGGAAUUAUCACUCUUUUUUUCCCCGAAAGUUUUGGAAGGACUCUACCAGAGACCCUAGAGCAGAUGCAGAAAGUGAAAGGGUUCAGAUAUGGGAAAAAAACAAAAGGUUCAAUAGAGAAAGAAGAAAAUCCCAAAGUUAUAAUAACUUCAUUCUAAUAAAAUUCCCAUCCUAUUUGGUGAAUUGAAAAACGUCCAUAAGCCUGUGAAGAAACUAAAGCUGUUCCUGAUGAAAAGGACUGACUAGGAGGAAAAACACUAAAAUGGACCUUGCUAUUAAGAAAUGCUUGCCAUAUGGCAAACUCUGGACCAGACUUGAAGAUAAGCUCCUUAUUUUUAAAAACAAACCAUUUCUAGAGACUUUUCCUAAUUAAUUCAAUGAAUUAGGUUUGUCGGAUUUUUAUUUUUAUUUUUAUUUUUUUUUGACACAAGAACAGUUUUAUUGAAAUCACUGAACACUUGUGCAGUACUCAAUAUUAGGAUUUUGAGAUGUUUUAGACAAAAUCUGUUUUCCCUUUAAACAGAUGAAGAAACCGGAUCCUAAUUGGUGGAAGUUAAUGCUUGUAUCACACAGCUAAUGGGAGGUAGAAUCCUAAAAUUUGCUUCCAACUUCCACCUGUACCUGACCAUGCCAGCUAAAGUGUUUAUUUUUGUGUUGCCUACGUUUAAGGACCAUAUAAUCUGGAUUAACUUUACAACAAUAAUUUAAAAGAUAGAGAAGGAUCCCAUAUUACAGAAAAUUUUAAAUCGACUAUUUUACCAUUUAUACAAGGAAGAAAACUGACAAUAGGACAGGCCAGUGGUCAGCCAACACACAACACAAUGUGUUAACAAACAGCCGAGAGAUUGAUGGGUGUCACUUAUUUCCUUCCAUAUUACAUCUUGCCUUUUUUGGAGGGAGGAAGGAAUAAAAAGGCAGAUUGAUUCAAACCAGCCCUAUUAAAUAUACCAAUUAAGUUUAUACUUUCUUUUCUGAAAUUAAUAUUUGAGUGGAACAUGUACUAAUUAUUCACAUAACACUAGUUUUCUACUGCAGUUUAAGAAUCCAGCAGAUGAUGCUAAGGUUUACGCAAAUCCUAGAAGUCAUUGCACUGAAUGGUAACUACUCAAUUAUGAACUGGAAAAUAAUACUGGGUAAUUAUUUCAAAGUAUAAACUACAGAUAUAAUAUUAAAAAAACAUAGAUAGUAGAAAACUUUUCUAACUUAUAAGUAUAAAUGGUUAAGUCAACAGUACCUACUUACAAAUUUCACAAAAUCAGAAUAAACACUCAACUUUUAGGAGGGGACAUUUCAGUCCUGCCUUUACCACUUAAUAGGUCAAAGAUCUUAUAUAGGUGGGUCCUAUCAUUCAAGGGUGAUUUCAAAACCAACUUACAAUGUUAAUAUUAUAUCUUGGAUCCCUGCUAAGAAGACUCUUCAAGGGUCUUUCAUACUAACUUGAAGUUGAGGAACAUACAAUUUGAGAAACUAAAUGAUACAGCCCCUCCCGCACACCCAGGUAACCUACAGUGAGCCUGGAUCUGAACUUUAGUUCCUAGAGAUCUCUCAUCUCUUAUCCUGAGAUACUCAACCUGGGCUCUACAACAGGACACCAACCUGUGUUCAAGGGGGCACCACCUGGCUGAUACUAAUACCUAGGCGUGCACAGGAUUGAGUCAAAAAAGCGCUUCAAUUCAAUUCAUUCAAGAAAAGAAGAAAAAUAACAUGCUUAGUUUACAUAGGCUUAACCUACUCUGGUCACCUAGUAAAUCUUGAAUUGGCUCCCACUAUUGGUAAAUAGAAUACUUUUGCAUUUGGUGCAGAAACCAACAAAUUUAGGUAAAAUCAAGCCUUUACCCUGACAGUUCAAACUAUGUUUAUUUGUGUGUAAAGUGCCAGAUUUUUAGAAAACAUGUUGGUCAAGGACUGGAAAAUCCGUAUAUAAUGAUUAAACUUCCAAAUACAAAGACUAUCCAAAUUUUUAAAAAAUUCAUCGAAUUAAUAAAACUAUCAGGCUUG